AUGCAGAUCUUCGUCAAGACUCUUACCGGAAAGACCAUCACCCUCGAGGUCGAGUCGUCCGAUACCAUCGACAACGUCAAGUCGAAGAUCCAGGACAAGGAGGGAAUUCCUCCUGACCAGCAGAGGUUGAUCUUUGCCGGAAAGCAGUUGGAAGACGGCAGGACCUUGUCCGACUACAACAUCCAGAAGGAGUCCACCCUCCACCUCGUUCUCCGAUUGAGGGGAGGUAUGCAGAUCUUCGUCAAGACCUUGACCGGAAAGACGAUCACCCUCGAAGUCGAGUCCUCGGACACGAUCGACAACGUCAAGUCCAAGAUCCAGGACAAGGAAGGGAUCCCUCCUGACCAGCAGAGGUUGAUUUUCGCCGGAAAGCAGUUGGAGGACGGGAGGACGUUGUCGGAUUACAACAUUCAGAAGGAGAGCACGUUGCACUUGGUGUUGAGGUUGAGAGGAGGGGUGGUCGAGGUGCACUUGCAGCCGGCCGGGUCGUCCUCUUGAGAUGAGACCGA